AUGCAGUUUUGUGUGAAAAGCCUUUUNGACUACUCAUCAAGCGAAGAAGACGAAAGAGCUCAGAGAAGGAAACGUUACGUCUGUGAGAUUGACCUUCCUUUCGCUCAAGCCGCUGCUACUCAAGCUGAAUCUCAAAGCUCGUUUUGUCAGGAGAGUACUAAUAAUAAUAAUGGUGUAACCAGAACCAAAACCAAAACCUCAGCUUGUAGCAAAAAGGUUUUAAGCAGCAAACCCACUAGUGUCUCGAAGCCUGUUGGUGUUAGGCAGAGGAAAUGGGGUAAAUGGGCUGCUGAGAUUAGACAUCCAAUCACCAAAACAAGAACUUGGUUGGGUACUUACGAGACGCUUGAACAAGCAGCCAGUGCUUAUGCUGCUAAGAAGCUAGAGUUUGAUGCUUUGGCUGCAGCCACUUCUGCUGCUUCCUCUAAUAAUGUGUCUGAGAAUGCUCUGUCGGAUUCGAAUAUGUCUGGUUCUCUGAUCUCAGCCACAGGGUCUAAUGUUGAAGCUGUGUCAAGCAAUAAUCUUGACAAGAAGCUACUUGAUUCGACCAUUGAUCCAGAAGCUGGUGAAUCGAAGAAAGCGAGUUUUGGUUUUGAUUUCGCGGAUCUGCAGAUUCCUGAAAUGGGUUGCUUCAUUGAUGAGUCAUUGAUCCCUAAUGCGUGUGAGCUUGAUUUUCUCUUGACAGAAGAGAACAACCAACUGUUAGAUGAUUACUGCGGGAUAGAUGAUCUGGACAUCAUUGGUCUUGAGUGUGAUGGUCCAAGCGAGCUUCCAGACUAUGAUUUCUCAGACGUGGAGAUCGAUCUUGGUCUUAUAGGAAACACCAUUGACAAGUUUGUCUUCGUUGAUCACAUUGCAACAACUACUACCACCCCUCUUAAUAUCGCGUGCCCAUAAGUUUUGCAGCUAGGUGUUACUAUUAGCUAUAGGGGCAAAGUAAAAAAAGCUCUUUGUUACUCGGUUUUGUCGUUAAGUUAUUACAGUAUAGCAGAGGCUGUUGAUCUCAGGGGAAGCAAAAAACCCCUUACAGAUAGAAACAGAUGCAGUUUUGUGUGUUUUGGUGUUACUAAAGAAAGUUUUGUUGACAUAUAGGUUUUUUUGAUGUUGUGGAUAAGAUAGAGAGUGGUGAGAACGAAAUUGUAAUCUCAGGUGAAAAGCCUUUUAGAUGUAAUCUAUUUCGUAAGCUCUCUCGAUCUUUGUAAGUUUUGCCUAUUGAGAGUUAUUGAUACAUAUAUAUAUGUGAAAAACUACUUUGUUGUUUA